CGAAUGGAGAAUAGUGUACAACGAAGACUUCCCCGUCCCAUUUGUAUGCAUUGCCCAUCGUCAACAUGAAGACAGGGUUUGUUGUAAUGUAGCGGGGCCUGCUGGACAGAAAUGGUGCUGCUGAUACUGCAAGUGCCACCGUGUCCAAAGGUCGUUAUACGAAAGUUCCAAUCUGGAUCGAGGCGGCAACAACAGGAAGAAGAAGAUAGAGGAAUUCUCUAGGUCUUCUCGGGAGAAAAUUGUCCAAUCCAAGAACAAAAUGUUCUCCAAAUUUACGUCAAUUCUCCAGCACGCAGUAGAAGCGCUCGCUCCAUCGCUACCACUGCAGGAGGACUUUGUCUAUCACUGGAAGGCCAUUACACAUUAUUACAUUGAAACAUCAGAUGACAAAGCGCCAGUCACUGACACCAACAUCCCAUCCCACUUGGAGCAGAUGCUGGAAAUUCUGACACAGGAGGAGCUAGAAAGGGAAUCUGGGGAGACAGGACCCUGCAUGGAGUAUCUUCUGCAUCACAAGAUCCUGGAGACGCUUUACACUUUGGGCAAGGCAGAUUGCCCUCCAGGAAUGAAGCAGCAGGUGCUGACUUUCUACACGAAGCUACUGGCGCACAUCCGUCAACCUCUUCUGCCGCACAUUAAUGUGCACAGACCAGUUCAGAAACUAAUCCGCCUGUGUGGGGACGUGCUUGCCGCUCCAACAGAAAAUGAAGAGAUUCAGUUCCUCUGUAUAGUUUGUGCCAAACUGAAGCAGGACCCAUAUCUUGUCAACUUCUUUCUUGAGAACAAGAGUAGGAGAAGUGAGAGCAAGAGUCCAGGUGGGACGGAUGGGCUGAAGGAUGGCAUGUUGGCUCCCGACACUGGUCAAGAACAUGUAGAAGGUAGUGAGGCGGCACAAGCUGCUGCUUCGGUCCCAAACCCAAGCAACAAUAACAACAAUAAUUAUAAUCUGGUGACCUCGCUGCUCAACCUUACAAAGAGCCCUGAUGGUAGGAUUGUGGUGAAGGCUUGUGAAGGCCUGAUGCUGCUGGUCAGUUUACCAGAACCUGCUGCUGCCAGGUGCUUAACCGAGAACACUGAGCUCUGUGAGCUUUUGACCGACAGGCUGGUCACCCUUUAUAAAGCCCUUCCACCAUCCAUGGACCCUUUGGACAUUGAGACAGUGGAGUCUAUCAACUGGGGUCUUGAUGUGUAUAAUGUGAAGGAGGAUACAGCAGUGUUUGCAGGGAAGAGGCCACUCAUCUCUUUCCUCUCUUGGCUGGAUUACUGUGACCAGCUCAUUAAAGAGGCUCAGAAGUCAGCGGCCUCUGUGAUGGCCAAGGCAGUGCGAGAGAGAUUCUUUGCGUGCGUUAUGGAACCGCAGCUCAUGCAGACGUCUGAGGUGGGCAUCCUCACGUCGACAGCGCUGCUAAACAGGAUCAUCAGGCAGGUGACGUCUGAGGCACUGCUUCAGGAAAUGGUUUACUUCCUGUUGGGGGAGGAGAAGGAGGCAGAGACUCCAUCUACGAUCACUCAGAAGCCCCUCAGACACCGCCUCAUCGAACACUGUGACCACCUUUCGGAUGAGAUCAGCAUCAUGACGCUGAGGCUUUUUGAGCAACUCAUCCAGAAGCCCAACCAGCACAUCUUGCACAGUUUAGCGCUGCGUAACCUGGAGGAAAGGAACUAUCUGGAGAACAAACCUCCCGAGGAGCGAGAGCCCAUUGAAAACGGCCAGCCUCAUGAUGCUGUUGACCUGGAGGAAGACCCUUUGUUUGGUGACGACCUCUCUCCAGACAGCAGGCUGUCCUCCGAUUGGCUCAGCCCCUCUCCGCCCCAGAGUCCGGACCACUACAAGUCAGACGGGAAAACCGAAGUCCACAAGAUUGUCAACAGUUUCUUGUGUUUGGUGCCCGACGAAGCAAAAUCGUCAUACUUUGUGGAAGGAAGCGGCUACGACACGUACCUCCGAGAUGCGCACAGACAGUUCCGAGACUAUUGUGGGGUCUGUCAGCGCUGGGAUUGGAGAGGAACCCCCAAAGCAUUUGAGAAAUGCAACUUGGAGCUCCCCUUCUUUGAGGGUCACUUCCUUAAAGUCCUCUUUGACAGGAUGGGGCGCAUCCUAGAUCAGCCGUACGACGUCAACCUGCAAGUGACGGCGGUUCUGUCCAAACUGUCCUUGUUACCGCACCCCCACCUGCACGAGUACCUGCUGGACCCCUACAUCAACCUGGCUCCCGGAUGCCGCUCUCUGUUCUCUGUUAUCGUCAGGGUGGUGGGCGACCUCAUGUUAAGGAUUCAGCGCAUCCCGGACUUCACCCCUAAACUACUCCUGGUCAGAAAGAGGUUGUUGGCCCUGGAGCCUGAAGGCGUCACUAUUGACCACGUGACCCUACUGGAGGGUGUGAUCGUUCUUGAGGAGUUCUGCAAGGAGCUAGCGGCCAUCGCCUUUGUCAAGUACCACGCCGCCGCCGCCUCUUCGCCGUAGCCAGCGUCAGGUUCGCUUUUCUGGAGCUCAGACACUGCCGACCGAGCAGAGGAAGGAGAUGCAGACUGAACAUGAGCAAUCUGUUCUUCCGCUGCCUCACCAAUCCUCCUUGUCAUCAUCAUGUCCGACAGAUGCGUGUAUUUAUUUGCAGUCAUGGACGCCAUCGCCUUAGUGUGGAAGCGCACCGUUUUCUCUUUUUGGAACAGUUUUGUCUUAAAGCCCUCUGUGUAUGCCUCAGUUAACCUAAGAACAGUGCCCACACCCUUUUUCAAAUGCCAAGUCCACUUAUUUAUUGAAUUUCUUUCAGGUUGCCUUUCUUUUAAACCAACGCAACGUUGGAAUGCUUUUAACGCUGUCGACGAGCAGAUGAUUUUUUUCAUCACCCAAAACGAAAAUUCACCGGCGUCAUCCAAAGAUCCGGGGGACUUUUGCACAUGCACUUGUUACAUUUUCGCUUGCUUUUUAAACAUUUGUACAAAAGAGUCAAAGCUGCACGCUUCUGUUCUGUAUGUAAGCAGUCUACUCUCUUAAGUUGCUAUGACUAAAUAUACAAACCUGUAUUUAAAAGGAGUGUUGUGUCUCAAUUGACCCAAAUGUGUACUGUACUUUUAUGUAUUUUCUAGUCAGGCGUUGGUUGCUUCAAAUCAAAGUCCUGGCACGUUGAAGAGAGACCUUAAGAUUCUCCUCUUUGUGUUCGAUUAGUUUCUAGUUUGGUGUUUCAGCGCUUGUGUGGGAACGCGAGAGAUUUGUGUUGCUCUCCUCCUCCUCCGGUCCCGAGCUGAUGAAAGUGCUCGCACAGGGUCACAUUUGCACAUUUGUAUUUCUUCACUCUUGCUCGUUAUGUAAAUAUACACCACAACAGAUGUUUAUUUUUUUUCCCUUUCAUAAACCAAAACAAUGUAUCACGAGUUGUUUACUUAAACGCAACUCUUGUUUUUUUUCCCUAAAUGGGAAAUCAUGUACAUUUUGUAUUUCGCCAUCUUACCGGUUUUAAGUAUCCAGUUGUGCAUUGUAUGUGAACAAUAGCAAUAUAGAAAAAUACUACCUGGUGUCAAUGCAUGUUGCAGCAUUAUGGUCUUUGUUAGAAGAGAGCAGAAGGCUGAUUGUUCUCAGUGACACGUGAUGCCUUACUUCCACUUUUCUCGUUAAGUUCGCUUGCUCUUUCAUGAUGGCGACUUUUAAUUUUGUUGGCAGAGCAGCCACUAGCUUCUUAAAAUUUAAGAAGCUAGCUUCUAGCUAGGAGCCACAGUGGUAUGAAAAAGAACCUUUUGGAAUUUCUCACAUCUGCAUAAAACCAUCAAAUAUGAUCUCAUCUUUGUCAAAAUCAGAUGAAAAAACAACUAAAACCAAACAUUUAUAGCUUUUUAUAUUGUAAUGAGGAUAGUAUGCAAACAAUGACAGGAGGGGGGAAAAAAAGUGAACCAUCACAUUUAAUAUUUUGUGGGCCCCCCUUUGGAAGCAAUAACUUCAACCAGAUGCUUCCUGUAGGUGCAGAUCAGUCCGGCUCAUCGAUCAGGACUAAUCUUGGUCCAUUCUUCUCUACAAAACUGUAAUUCAGUCAGAUUCCUGAGAUGUCUGGCAUGAAUUCAUUCUUCCAUUAAUGAUUGCAAGUUGUCCAGGCCCUGAGGUAGCAAAACAGCCCAAAAUCAUGAUGUUCCGUCCACCAUGCUUCACGGAGGGGAUGAGGUGUUGUUGAGCUGUUCUUUUCUCCACACAUGAUGUUGUGUGUUACUCCCAAACCAACUUUGGUUUCAUUAGUCCACAAAAUAUUUUACCAAAACUUAUGUGGAGUGUCCAAGUGCCUUUUUGCCUUAACAUUAAACCAGCAACAAUGGGUUUUUUUUAGACAGCAGUGGCUUCCACCAUGGAGUCCUCCCAUGAACACCAUUCUUGGAUAUAGUUUUACUUAUAGUUGAUGUGUGCACAGAGAUAUUGGACUGUGCCAGUGAUUUCUGUAUGUCUUUAGCAGACACUCUUGGGUUCUUUUUUUACUUCUCUUGAGUAUUCUGCGCUGAACUCUUGGCGUCAUCUUUGGUGGACGCCCACUCCUUGGGAAAAAAGCAACAGUGCCAAACUCUCUCCAUUUGAAGACAACUUUUCUGUCGAUUGAUGAACAUCCAGAAUUUUAGGUUUUGUAUCCUUUCCCAGCUUUAUACAAAUCAACAAUCCUUGAUCGCAGGUCUUUAGACAACUCUUCUGACCGAAGCAUGAUGCACAUCAGACAAUGCUUCUCAUCAGGACACUUCUUACCAGGUGUGUGUUUUAUAGUGGGCAGGGCAGCUUUAAACAGAUUCAUCAGUGAUUGGGCACACACCUGACUUAAAAUGUUUGGUAAAAAUUGAUUUCAUUCGCUCUUUAAGUCUCUAGCCAGAGGGUUCACUUACUUAUUUUCCCCCCUUCUGCCAUUGUCUACAUCAGACAUGUCCAAAGUGCGGCCCGGGGGCCAAAUGCGGGCCGUGGUCAAAUUUCAUCCGGCCCCCAGCCUGUGUCACAAAAUCAAUAAUAUCUGGCCUGCACACAGACCUUAAAAAUUUGGUCAGCAGUACUGCUACCAGCAUAUGAAGUAGCUUACACACUAAAUGCUGCUCCUCAUUUACCCACUAAAAGGCAGCAGCACUCAAAGCAACAUUACCCCGCGUGACCCUUUACUCCCAAUUUUCUAAAAUGGCGACAAUCGACAAAAAAAAAAAAGUUGACUAACGGCCGACGCUUCAAGGAUAGGUGGAAAUUGGAUUAUUUCUUCACUAAAAUACGCAAAAACUGUGUCUGCCUCAUUUGCGAAGAGACAGUCGCUGUUUUUAAAGAAUUCGAUGUGAGGCGAUAUUACUAAACAAGACAAGCUGACAUGUACGACAAGAUUACAGGGAAGAUACGUAGCGAGACAUUGAAGCAACUUAAAGCGAUUUUAAUUUUACAGCAGCAGUAUUUCGCAAGAGCCCAAGAGAUGAGAAUGCCACAAAGGCUAGUUGCAAGAUUUUGCGGAAAUUAUUAAAAAAAAAAUAAUAAUAAAGCAAAUGUGACACACAGAAUGGCUUGCUAAAAUUUGCGUAAAUAUAUUGUUCUACAUAAAGGAUGUCAGCCAAGGUCGGCCCCCCCACAUUUUUACCACACCGAUUCUGGCCCCCUUUGCAAAAAGUUUGGACACCCCUGGUCUACAUGUUAGCCUCAUUAAAACAUGAAAACCUGUAAAUGUUUGGGUGGUAUUAGUGUAAGCAGACAUUGUAUUUUCAUCUGUGUGAUUUUGACAAAGAUCAGAUCACAUUUGAUGGUAAUUUUAUGCAGAAAUGUGAGAAAUUCCAAAUGGUUCAGAUACUUUUUCAUACCACUGAAUCUUAUUUUCCUAGCUAAGAGCUACUUCUCCUAGCUUCUUUCCUGACAUGAAAGAAUGUGGAGUCUUUUUUUGGGAGGGGGCUAAUUUUGAUUUGUGCAAUGCAGAUGUGAGACAUUCAAAUGAAGAAGCAUGAUCUUGUCUCUUGGUGCUGCACUGAGGAUUUGAAAAAGCAAGCCUUGUGUUCUCAUCAGCUUUUUAUUUAUUCCUCCCUUAUCAGCAGUCUUCACUUCAGUGCUGUCAAGACAAUGUGCUUUGUUCUACUUUAUCCAUCUCAAUAAAAAGAAAAAAUUUAUCUCAGUUCGGUUUGUUAUUGGUUUUAUUACAAAAUAUCUGUACAAUAAAACAAAAUGUACUC